CUGCAAUUUACACCCCGCUUCAUAACUCUGAAUAUAAAAUAAAUUAAUAGUAAAGCCUUUCUUUUCUGGCCACCUCUUACAAAAAGCCUUCCUUUCUCCGAUUCUUCGUCAAACCUCAAACCUAACCUACCACUAGUCUACUACUGAUAAAAGCCUACACACUCUUUACUACUGAUAAAGCCUACACCCCUCUCUUUCUCUUUAUCUCUCUCUCUCUCUCUGUGAUUUGGGAAAGACCAUGCAAAGAUUAAUCAUAAGGCACUCAUGAUAUAAUCACUAUUCAAAAACCUUUUCUUGAACACCAUCCAAUCUGUCUUUUUUCGUAAUAUUUUGUUAGAUAUUCAUUUCGACUCCAUGUUUCUCGCUUCAAGAACUACACCAAUGACAAGUGGUAUCACAGCUCCAUCUUUGCCUGAUCUAUCGUUACAGAUCCGUCCUCCAGCUGCUGAUUGUGUCAAGAGGACAACCUCCAGCUCCACCACCACAGAUUCGAACAGCAGCGGCAGUGAUUUAACUCAUGACAACGGCUUAAAUUUCAUCAACCAUCAGUACCACCAUCCAGCGCCACCGGAGAGAGGAGGUUUUGUUACCCAUGGACUCCAGCUUCAUCACCCGCGGCUGAGCUUGGGGGUUGAUCACAUGGCAACUUUUGAUCCUCACUUCCCACAUCAUCCCAUGGUACCUUUACAACUACAAAGAAAUAAUCUGCUUCUUCAACAUCAGUAUGGCAACAAACAUUAUGAUCAACCACAAUUCUAUGGCCAUGAGUUUAAGAGGAGUUCGAGAAUGGGUAAUCGUGUUAGAAGGAUCGUUAGGGCUCCUCGGAUGAGAUGGACUUCCACUCUACACGCCCAUUUCAUUCAUGCUGUUCAGCUUCUUGGUGGCCAUGAAAGAGCAACCCCUAAAUCGGUGCUAGAAUUGAUGAAUGUGAAGGAUCUCACUCUUGCUCAUGUGAAGAGUCAUUUACAGAUGUAUAGAACAGUGAAGAGCACUGACAAAGAAGCAGCUGCAUUUGCGGAUAUGGGUAUGAUAAAUCCAAGGACCCCAGAGACAUUACUACAAAUGCAAGGGGGUAUAUCACAAACUGGUGAUAAAAUAAUUGAUACCAACAACUCCAACCUGCACCUUUCUAAUCAUUCUCAUCACCCAUCACGAGCAACUACACUACAAACAGCCCAGAGAGGCUCAUGGUCAUCGACAAUGGAGAAAUACGAUUCAAGGUUCUUGAGCCAAGAAUACAUGCGAAAUUGUUCAGAACUUGGAGUGAUUGAUAAUAAGGUGGAUGAACAUGAGCCAUCCUUACACUUGUCAGAAAAUGACAUGAAGUUGGAAAGUAGUAGUAGGACUAAGUCUUUAGAUUCAAAUAGGUUGCUGAAUCUUGAGUUCACCCUCGGAAGGCCAAGCCGGCAAAAGGAAGAUUGUGUCCAAAAUGAAAAUUAAUCCAAAAACACUCUUAAUUUGACUAAUAACAUACGUAUUGAAUAGGUAGUGAAGCUAUGUUUAAUAUUGCUUAAUCUAGCCAUGUGUUAACCUUUGACAAAUUUUGUGCCAUGUAGAAUUGACAAAUUUGUGCCAUGUAGAAUGUAGAGGUGAAAACUACAGGGAUGAAAGUAGAGAAUUUUAAAAAUUAAUAAUAUUCUCAUUUUGAA